AGCGGCCACUUUCGGGCCUCCUCCCAGCCUCAGCAGCUGGUCGUUCACUGCGCAGUUUUUUUCCCGAUCAAAGUGCAGUUCCGAGCCCCAUCUUGUCUAACGCAGUCUACAUGCUGACUAAGCAGCUCGCGCAGAGCAGGGUCCAGAUGCGGCUGAUGAUGUGUCAGAUCAAGCACAUGGCAAAACGCAACAGGGAUAUGAGGGGUCGGAUGGAGCACCUGCAGCAAGCGGCCGCUGAGGGUAUCCAGAUUGAUAAUCGAAACGCUGCGCGCGGUGAAGCUGCGAUUCAGGUUGCGAACGACGGUUCGGGCUAAGUGGCAGGCCGAGGUGAUCGCAGCCGCUCAGUGGCGUUAGGCCGAGUUCCCUUCUCGUUCCUCAGGCUGCGUGUGCAGCCUUAUGCCGAGCUGCUCAGACUGAUUUUCGGCUUUCAGUUCAUAGCCAGCGUUCGGCGACCAGAAGGACUGACCGAACAGCGAAGGCCUCGAGGAACGCUUCAU